UCAGGCUGACUGAUCAGGCUCACUUGCUUUCUCUUUCACUGCACUAUAUCCUUUCCACACAGGACAUUAGUUGUUUUGUGGACUUUCUUUGUCUUUUUCUUUAUUGACUCAUCUGCCAGGUUAAAGAGAGUCUUAACCUUCUUUCCACUCGCCCUCUUGGAUCUUCUGUUUUCUCCUGUUGGGAUUUUCUUUUCUUUCUUUCUCCAGCCUGAUUGCCUGCUCUCCUGUGCGUGUAUCAACCCUUCCUUUUCCCCUGCUCUCCUUCUCCUCCCAUCUUCCACUGUUCCCUGUCUCAUUGCGCGUGGUUUUUGGGCCAUGCUCUCUUCACCCACUGUGAUUCUCCAGCCCUAUGGACUCCCUGUCUACCCACAGACAACCACAUGCUACCCCGGCAUAGUUCAGGGAGGACCCGGUCAGGAGGCCGGCCCCGGCAGCGGCGACCCCUCCCUGCCUCAGGUCUACGCCCCUCCUCCCCCCUACCCCCCACCAGGUCAAGGUCCACCAACAUCUGCGGGCAGACUGCCACCUCUUGAUUUCACCUCUGCACACCCCAGCUCAGAGUACCCCGAACAUCCCCAGCUCAGAAUCUAUCAGGGCCCUCAGCUCGACGGGGUGGAGGCUCUGACAUCCAGUGUCACGGAGGAUAUUUUGGCCCCUGUGACCUGUGACCCCCAGUCUCUGAGCUUGUCGGUGUCACCGGGGGAUGGAGCAGGAAGUGGAAGUGAUGAGGAGGGGUCAGGUAAGGCCCAACCCAAACGCCUCCACGUCUCCAACAUCCCGUUCCGCUUCAGAGACCCGGACCUCCGCCAGAUGUUUGGGCAAUUUGGGAAGAUUCUUGAUGUAGAAAUUAUCUUCAAUGAGAGGGGGUCCAAGGGCUUUGGGUUUGUCACCUUCGAGAGUGCGGGUGAGGCUGACCGAGCAAGAGAAAAGCUGAAUGGGACGAUUGUGGAGGGGAGAAAGAUCGAGGUUAAUAAUGCCACUGCAAGAGUAGUGACCAAGAAGCCCCAGACGCCUCUUGUGAACAGUGAAAUUUCAACUUCUGGAUGGAAGAUCAACCCCGUCAUGGGGGCGAUGGGGAUGGGGGCGAUGGGGGCGAUGGGGGCUAUGGGAGCGAUGGGGGCGAUGUACGCGCCUGAACUCUACACAGUGGCCGGUUUCCCGUAUCCCGUAGCAGCUCCCACCUUGGCCUACAGAGGCUCUCCGAUGCGAGGCCGAGGCCGCGCCGUCUACAACACAAUCCGCUCUGCUGCAGCUGCACCUACUGCUGUGCCAGGCUACCCCGGGGUGGUAUAUCAGGAUGGACUGUAUGGAGCAGAAGUCUACGGCGGCUAUCCUGCAGCUUACAGAGUGGCUCAACCAGCAUCUGCUGCCACAGCGACCUACAGUGACGGAUACGGACGUGUGUACACGACAGCUGCGGACCCCUAUCACCACUCAGUUGGACCAACAACAACAUAUGGAGUUGGUACAAUGGCCAGUUUGUACAGAGGAGGAUAUAACCGCUUCACCCCGUACUGAGCCACCCACACACUUCUCUUGAACUCGGGGAUUGUCUGAUCCUUGGACGCUGCAGGACAGAUUGUCAGAUCCUUGGAAAUGUGGAAAUGGUUUUACUUCCUGCCUUCAUCACAACCUCUCCUCGAGAGACUAAACAGACUGAAGUUGUAAAUAGUGUAGGACCCAUUUACUGUCCAUUCUACUGAUGAAUACUUAGCUCCUGGAAGAGGAUUUUAUGUAAUAUAUAGACAGUUGCUUAAAACCUUUAAAGUAUUAUUGUUUUCUGAAUUUAAAGAGUAUACUGAUGCUGGCUGACACGACAGAAGUUGGUGAAAAAUACUGUGAGAAUGAAUUUUGUGAGUACUAUCUGAGAUUUCACGUUUGUACAAUGUUAAAUGACUCAUUUUUGAUGACAAUUAUUUACUAAAUCUCGGUUUAAGUGUGUGUGCGCGUGCGUGUGUGAGCAUAUGAGGGAGGUCACGCGUCAACAUGGUUCAGUUAGCCGGAGACAGCUGUGACACUGGUAUCAUUAUUACAAACACAGAACUAAUGUUCAUCUGGAUGUAGUUGGGAUUUCUUUUCUUUUUUUCCUUUCUAACAAUCUACCUCUCAUACAUUUUUAGCUUUUAAUACAGCUGUCAUUAUUAAUCCUGUAUCCUUUUCUGUGUUGGUGAUCUUUGAUUCUGCAGAGCUUUUUCUCUCUCUUCACUUUUCUGUCCACAUGCUGAACGUUUCUGUUUCUGUGGCUCUGUACCUCACUGCCUGAUGAGCCUGAUGCCUAUCAAGUCUCUUUUCUCCUCUACUCACUCAGAUAAGUUUUAUUUUUCCAUUUUCCAGUUUUACAUUCACACAGUUAUACACGUGCAUAAGUGGGGGUUUUUCUGCCGAUGGCUUUACUACACAAACAGAAAUGAAAGGCUGUAGAAUUGAAAUGUUUCAGGUCAGGCCGCUGCAGAGUUCACCUAUUCUUUUCUAUUCAAUCUCUUUUCUAAUGUUGCUUUAUUUCGCUCUUUACUGUCAUCUCUUCCUGUAUUUUCUCUCUCCGUCCUCACUCUGAACUGUUGAAUGACCUCUUGACUUGUAUUGAUCAUUUCUCUUUGACCGACUCUUUGUUUCUGUUGCACUCUUUUCUGCUGUGUUUGAUGUUUACCUCUAAAUAAAGAUAUUUUCUCUCUC